AUGUUUGACGUUAGUGAUGGGGGUGGUAAUGGUGGUGUCAAUGGCUGUGGCGGCGACGCUGGUGGUGAUAGUGGGGGUGAUGGUGGGGGUGCUAAGGGUGGUGGAGGUGGCGCUAUGAGUGACAGCGAUGUUGGUUGUGGUGGUGGGGGUGGCAACGAUAGGAGUGGCGGUGGUGGUGGUGGCAAUGGCAGUGACAACGACAAUGGUGGCGAUGACUACGGAGGUGGUGGUGGUGGUUAA